UGCUUCCCCUCAUUGAAUCGUUCCCAUUGAUAUAUAAUGUUGUCCCCAAAUAUUUUAUCGUGUACUUCUUUGCAUGCCUGUCCACCUUCCCCUUCAACAACUGCUCUUUAUCUUGCUAUACUAUCAAUAUAUAGUACCGAUAAGCCAUUAUGCCCCCGUUGCCGGGUGAAGAGCGUACGCUGACGGUUUUUGCCGAUAUCCAUUAUUAUUUCACAGCUCCGACUCCCAAGCCUCUCCAUCACCGGUUUGAUAAGGGCUCCUAUCUAUAUCUUUAUCACAAUGCGGCGCAGCGUAAGACAAGGAUUGAAGUAGCGAAUAAUCCUGGGACUCCUGACCAAGAUGCAUUUAAUGGCGCCCUGGAUCAGAUCUAUUUGCGUCAUUCCACCCAGUUUCCAACGCUGUGUACAUUAAUCGUGGACGGCCGUCCGCCUUCACAGGGCACGCAGGCGUUCCCUCCACCACCGAAUGCCAGUCCUCAUGAAUGGCUAUUACCAAGCACUGACCCACGUGGCGAGGACAAUGAACUACGCUUGCACACGCUGGACAUUUAUUUCUGGACGUCAGACGAUGCGGAUAAUUUCCUCAACCUGAUGGAGAAUUAUCUGUCUCCCUCGCAGAUCGAGACAGACAGGCAUCCAUAUCCGCCUCCACCCCAAGCUUCAGUCAGUACAGUUGUACAACAACUAGAAAACGUGGCCAUCACAGAUCCGGCGUACCAGAACGGGCAGACUCGUAACUCUCAAUCAGAGCCUGCACCCAGCUCCCCGCCCCCUACCCAGACAUUCUCAAUACCAAGCAAUCUUCCUCCUCCACCUCCGCUUGGUGGUCCACCCGCCACAGCACAGAAGACGAUCAAUAGCACUCCGCCUGCUGCAGAAGAACGAAGUGAUCCUGCCCAAUUUACGCCUCUUCCAUAUAACCCUGCGGCACCAGCCGCGCCUGAACCAAUCCAACAUCGGGAGAAGACCCCCCCUCCGGUCGACGGCGGAGAUGGAACCGGACUCGCAGCGGCUGUAACAGCUGACAGCGGAGCACCGUUCACACCACCGUCCCAGAUCACGGGUGGAGGAGGUUUUGCACCUCCCCCAACCAGUCAAGGGCUCCCAUACACUAUGCCUGGGAGCUACGCAUCGCCGCCACCCAGUGCCGGCCUAACACAUUCCGGUUCGUUCUCGUCUCGGUCAUCCAUUCAGAGCCCGCCCAGCAUCCCAUCCUAUACACCAUCGUUCCUUGCCGGGGGAGGCGGGGGUCACCAAUCUAAUUCCCACCCGCCAGUGACUAUGUCAUUUGCUCCUCCCCCUAAGGAUCCCAAUGCUCAUCUCUACGGUCAGACCCAGAAUUUAUAUGGCGGCCAGCCUCAAAUCCAGCCGGCGUCUCCACAGCCACCCCCAGUUGGCGGCUACUCAAACUACUCGUAUGAUAAAGCAGCCGUGCAACAACCAGUGGCAAAUGACUAUGACAUCCACAAGCAGCUGUACCGGCCCACUGAAGCAGAGAUUAAUUCACAUUCCCAGAAAAUAGCUCAGAAGUCAAUACAAAACUCCGGUCGGCCCCGAAAUUUGGAGGAAAGAGCCCACCGAAUGGAGAGCAGUGUCAAUAGGUUCUUGAAGAAGUUGGAGAAGAAAAUUUGAUACACGGAGCCCAGAUUAAAUGUUCUGGUGCUCGCCACUCAAAGCUGUACCGCUGAUGGUAUACAUGUACACGAAACGACAAAAUAGCAAAUCACGUUUGGGAAUUUUACGUGGCGUUAGUCUUCAUAAUAUCAGAUUUAUAUCUUGGGCGAUUCCUUGAAUUGGUUCAGAAUCCUUGAUUUCGGAUUCUAAGCUAUUGAAAAACGGAGUUUUGUUCACGCGCUACCCAAGACAGUAAGUGUUGACCAAAAUCCCAAAAAGAAGGGGAAGAAGAUAUAAAAGAGCAAAGCCCACGGCUCCGACAGUGAUGCUAAACUGUGGAAGAAACUUGCACUGUCAACGCUCAAGCAACAAUACGAAAGGAUUAAACAACUAGAAGACCCGGGACAAAUAUAAUAACAGGAGAAUUGAAGAUGGUAAAAAGGCUUGGGAAGAUAAAAAAAAAAAAA